AUGGAGCAUCGUAGUGAUAAUUAUUUGUCGUCAAAUUUUACAAACAAAAAUGUGCGACUCUGUUUAAAGAAUGUUAUUCAACAUGUAAUAUCAUAUCCACAUACAGCUAACAUCAAGACAACCAUUAUUCUUGGUGGACAUGAAUUGAAAAAACGUUUUGAAUUAUUUUCAAGUCGCAUCUCCCAAUUGAUCUCAGGCGAUGAUGUUGGCGAUGAUGACGAUGACGACGACGAUGAUGAUGAUGAAACUGAGUUGCGGCAUUAUCAGCAACUACUUAAAAGCAUAAAAUUAAUCAAUACGUGUUUUAAUAUUAGUUCCAAGGAACCAGCCACCGUCGGCGAGUGCGGUUUUGAUUGCAUCGUCGAGCAGGUUCCUGGUGAUGAAAUUGUUGUGAUUAUACAACAUGUAAAAAUUUUGCACAAGUGGGAUAUUAUAACUGGCGUUAUGAGACUUUCAAAUGAAAAUUCUUCGUUUGCUGUUGGUCAAACUGUUACAACAGCUGCCACAAGUGCAGAUGAAAAUUUACGUAUACGUCAGUUUCGUCAUAAAUGUAUUGAUCAUUUCCGUAAAAAUGCACGUGCAGCCAAUGCAGUUGAAGUGGAAGGUUUAUUAGCUGAAAAUUUAUUUAGCUAUUGCUCCUCAAUUUCAAAGCAGCUUGCAACUAAAUUAAGUAAAAAUGAACGUGAACUUAAUGCAGAUGAUCGAGAAAUGUGCAAUGUAACAAGUGCCAUUCAUGCCGACGAUGAAGAAGAAGAUGAUGAAGAAUUAUAA